GAAGAUAACCUUUCUUUUGACAGCUGUUGUGUGAUUAGGUUUGCGUGUCAAGCUUUCUAACAAAUUUUUGCUAAAUUUUAUAAAUUAUUUAAGAAAAUGCCUUUAUCACCACAUAAAAAUGAAGACUUUGACGUGGUCAAAUAUUUCCUUAAAUUGCUGGACGACGAUAAGGAGCUUUCAUCUGGUAUUGCGGCCAUAAAAACUCUUUUAAUGAUAUUGGAAAAGAAGCAAUUUGGCACUAUUCAUAUUCUACAGAAUACUAUGCAGGAAGCUGUGGCGGCCAUGCGUAAUACAGAUCUUUCUAUAGCAGCUGUGGUGUCGGGCGGUGAACUGUUCUGUCGUUUUAUUACUUUAAGUUUGGAUGAUCGUGGCAUGGAGGAGUGCCGCGAGAUCAUGUUAAAUCGUGGAAAAAUAUUUUUAACCAAAUUAUUGAAUUCUCGUAAUGUUAUUGCUCAACAAGCUCAAAAGUUUAUUACCGAUGGUUGUCGCGUAUUGACCCAUUCCAGAUCCCGAGUAGUGUUAAAGGCUUUAUUGACGGCAGCCAAGUCUAACAAACAGUUUCAUGUGUUUGUUACACAAGGAGGUCCAGAUAACUCAGGAGAACAAAUGAUAGCCGAAUUGGAACGAGCUGGCAUUGACUGCACUAUGAUCUUAGAUUCAGCUACAGGCUAUGUAAUGGAAUCUGUGGAUUUUGUUAUGGUGGGUGCUGAAGCCGUGGUUGAAAGUGGAGGCAUUAUAAAUCGUAUUGGUAGUUUCACAAUGGGUUUAUGUGCCAGAGAAAUGAAGAAACCAUUCUAUGUUCUGUCCGAAAGUUUUAAAUUUACACGACUAUAUCCACUUAAUCAAAGAGAUUUGCCAGAUGAAUACAAGUACUCCCGCAAACAUUUAAGUGAUGUUUCCAAAGUACAUCCAUUGGUUGAUUAUACACCACCUGCUUAUAUUACAUUACUUUUUACAGAUUUAGGCAUUUUAACACCUUCAGCUGUAAGUGAUGAAUUAAUUAAACUAUACAUGUAAAUCUUGGCAUUGCUUUGCUCUUUUUAUGGAAAUAAAUAUUUUUUACAUAAAUAUUUUGGUUAAAAACCAACUUAA